AUGUACUCAGAAUUCAUGCUUCAUCGCGAUGAACCUAAGGCUAAGACGAAAACGACCAAGAAGCCAAAGGAGAAGCCAGUGGAACCUCCAUCGUUAAAGAAAAGGCGCUUUAAAAGACACGGACGUUUAUAUGCUAAAGCCAUUUUCACAGGCUACAAACGUGGCCUUCGUAAUCAACAUGAACACACAGCAUUAUUGAGAGUUGAAGGUGCAAAAACCAUACGUGAUUCAGACUUUUAUGUAGGAAAACGAUGUGUCUAUGUAUAUAAGGCAAAGAAUAAGACACCUAUUCCUGGCAAGAAAGGUAGAAAAACGAAAGUUAGAGCUAUUUGGGGUAAAGUAACCCGACCUCAUGGUACCAGUGGUUCAGUACGUGCUAAGUUUAAGAGAAAUCUACCAGCUAAAGCUAUGGGUCACCGUAUCAGAAUUAUGAUGUAUCCCAGUCGGAUAUAAAUUUUUCUUGUAUAAAAUAAACAAAUAAAUACCACUUUGGUACUAAA